CUUCGCUCCCCUCAAGACGCCGUCACCAUGAGACGACGCCGUCGCAUUUGGAUCGUAUUACCUUCAAAGCUCGAACCGCGCGAGGAGCUGUCAACCGAAUCGCCAAAACAAAAUAAAAAAUGGAAUCAUCGCCGCCGGAGAAGAAGCUGAUCCUCGUCCAGCGCGAGCCAAACGGCAUCGCUUUGAUCACUAUCAAUCGUCCUCGUUCUCUGAACUCGUUGACCAGGUCGAUGAUGGCUGACCUGGCUCAAGCAUUCAAGAGGCUGGACAGGGAUGAUUCGGUGCGAGUAAUCAUAUUGACUGGCUCCGGUCGAGCCUUCUGUUCGGGUGUGGACCUGACCGCGGCGGAAGAUGUCUUCAAGGGUGAUGUGAAAGACAUCGAGUCCGACACGGUUGCGCAAAUGGAGCGGUGCCGCAAGCCGAUCAUCGGAGCCAUUAGAGGGUUUGCCGUGACGGCUGGAUUCGAGAUUGCGCUGGCUUGUGACAUGCUGAUUGCUUCCAAAGGGGCUAAGUUCAUAGACACCCAUGCGAGGUUUGGGAUUUUUCCUUCAUGGGGUCUCUCUCAGAAGCUUUCACGAAUUAUAGGACCGAAUAAAGCUCGUGAAGUAUCUCUUACAGCAUCUCCUUUGACAGCAGAAGUAGCUGAAAGACUGGGUUUUGUGAACCAUGUUGUUGAAGAAGGUGAAGUAUUGAAGAAAGCUCAAGAAAUUGCGGGCGCCAUUUCAAAAAAUAAUCAAGACAUGGUGUUGAGGUACAAGUCAGUCAUAAAUGAUGGCCUCAAGCAGGACCUUGGUCAUGCUCUUUCUCUGGAAAAGGAGAAGGCUCAUGAGUAUUACAACGGAAUGACGAAGGAGCAAUUCAGAAUGAUGCAGGAAUUCAUAGCGGGUCGAGGUUCAGGGAAACAGUCUAAAUUGUAACUACGUUGUACUCCUCGCCCAUGCUGUUAGAAUGAUGUUGGUUGCCCCAGGAGGUGGUUUUUACGGUCACAAAUGGAAGAUACAAAAUCAGCAGUCAUAGUUUAUCAUGAUAAAUUUCAUUUCUCGCAACAGUCGUUUGGUUCUCCAGAAGGAGGUCCUUUCUUUGGUGACUAGUCAUUUCGUAAAUCUUUUGUACUUAAUUUUUAAUUCAGUGGGUGUAUAUUGAUGAGUACUGUCGUGAAAUGUGGUUGCCAGAUGAUGUACUCUCCUUGCUGUAAUGUAAGUCAGAAUAAAUUGAAAUGCUUGUUCACUGUUAGAACAAGUUCUCAGAAAUUCAAGGCCAAUUGUAAUGAAUAUUUCUUCCUCUUUUCAAAAUAGAUUUUCUUAAAUUCUUUUUAAA